GCACCAUGGCUGGAGCGCCCACAAUCUCGCUCCCUGAACUGCGUUCGCUCCUGGCCUCCAGCCAGGCCCGGCCCGUCGAUGUGAGAUCUCGGGAGGAGGCGGCAGUGGGGACCAUCCUGGGGGCGCUCAACAUCCUGGUGUCUGAGCUGGAAAGUGCCCUGCAGAUGGAGCCCGCUGCUAUGCAGGCUUUGUACUCCGCCGAGAAGCGGAAGCUGGAAGAGGAGAACCUCAUUUUCUUCUGUCAAAUGGGCAGGUGGGGCUUGCAGGCCACACAGCUGGCCCAAGGCCUUGGAUACACGGGGGCUCGCAACUUCGCAGGAGCCUAGAGAGAAUGGUCCCAGAAAGAAGGUUAGGUAGAAGGUGGCUAACUUAUUGUCCCCUCUCCCUCGGCCCCAUGGCCGCCUUAACUAAGGGUGGUGAAGGGGCUGACUGCUCAGGUUGGGGCAGCUCCUUAUAGUGCUGUGCAUGCAAAAGCAUCAAAUAAAGAGCA